AUGUCCGACGACGAGGCCGACCCCGAGCUCCUCGAGCUGCUGCGCCAGCACUUACAAGGCAAGCUCAACGUGAGCGAGGAGCCCGAGACCGGCGUCCUCGAGAGCGCAGAGUACGUCUACGACAACGCCAUCGACGUCGCCAUCGACAUGCGCUCGACCAAGCGCGCCGCCGCCGCCAUCCACAGCCAGAUGCAGCAGAAGAACUACUCGACCGCGACCUGGGCCGAGCACGAGCUCCACCCCAAGGCCAAGGACGAGAGCACCGUCGCCUUCAUCUUCACCAUGGACCUGCUGAACUUCUCCUUCUGGUCCGAGCUGCCGGACGACAAGCGGUUCGCCGUCUCGUACAGGGACAAGACCUGGACCGGGUACUGGAGCCUGGUCGCAUCCAUCCAGCGGGCGCUGGAUGAAGAUAUCCCAAUCACCAGCUCUGAUUUCUGGCAGAGCGAGGAAGAGUGCACCCUCGAGUGCCUGCGGCACGUCUUCCGGUCCUGCACGGACGAGGAGAUCCCCCUCCUGGAGGAGCGGCUGGCAUGCCUGCGCGAAGCAGGCCAGGUGAUGUACGAGAAAUACGAGUGCAGCUUCACCAACCUCAUCGACGCCGCCGCUGGCUCGGCGGCGGGGCUCGUGAACAUCCUCGCGCGCGACUUUGCGUGCUUCAGGGACGAGCACGCCUUUGACGGCCGGCGCAAGCCGGUCCGGUUCCUCAAGAGGGCCCAGAUCCUCGUCGCGGACAUCUGGGCCUGCUUCCAGGGCGAGGGCUACGGCGAGUUCCGCGACAUUGACAAGAUCACCAUGUUUGCCGACUACCGCGUCCCGCAGAUCCUCAACACGAUGGGCUGCCUGUACUACAGCCCCUUGGUCGACAUGACUGUGCGGCAGAGGAGCCUCAUCCCCAGUGGUAGCAGCUGGGAGAUGCAGCUUAGGGCAUGCAGCAUCUGGUGUGUCGAGCUCAUCAGGCGAGAGAUACUGGCACAGCAUCCAGACACCAAGGUCAAUGCCAUAUUGAUUGACUUCUUCUUGUAUGAUCUCAUGAAGGAAAUGGAAGCAAACAACCAAGAAACGAUACCCCACCAUAGAACCAGAAGCAUUUGGUAUUGA